GCGUGCUGGCCAGUGUUGUGUCUCCGCAGGUUUGGAAGUUAGUGGCUGGAAGGGUCUGGUCCGUUUUCAGUUUUGUCUCCUUUUUUACCUGACCUUCUUCCGAGUCUGUCUUUCCUUUGCAGCCUGCUUUCCUCAACUCCGGCUGCCUUUGAGACUCACGAAAGAGGCUCUUUGAAGGUUCUUAAGAAGAUAAAGAAGGUAGUGGAAACACCUUCCUGAGCUUUAUAGGCUCUAAAUGGCUGAAGAAUCAAGAAAGCUUUCAGCUUCAUCUCCACCAGAUCAGACUCCUGAAGAGGAUCUUGUAAUCGUCAAAGUAGAAGAGGAUCAGGGGUGGGACCAGGAAUCUAGACUGCAUGAAAAUAACCCUCCUGGCCAAGAACUCUUCCGUCUACGCUUCAGGCAGUUAUGCUACCAGGAGACACUAGGACCCCGAGAAGCUCUGAUCCAACUCAGGGCACUUUGCCAUCAGUGGCUGAGGCCAGAUUUGAACACCAAGGAGCAAAUCCUGGAGCUGUUGGUGCUGGAGCAGUUCUUGACCAUCCUACCCGAGGAGCUUCAGUCUCUGGUUAAAGAACAUCAGCUAGAGAGUGGAGAGGAGGUGGUGACUCUACUAGAGGAUUUGGAAAGGCAGAUUGAUAUACUAGGACGACCAGUUCCAGCUCGUGUACAUGGACAUAGGGUACUCUGGGAGGAAGUGGUACAUUCAGAAGCUGCACAAGAUGCUCCAAGUACUCAGCUCCAGCCUGCAGCAAUCCAGUACAAAUCUCCAGUGCCCCAUGGACCACAAGAGAGAGCCUUGUCUACUUCUCAGAGUUCUACCCCUUCCCAGAAAGGAAGUUCUGGAGACCAGGAAAUGACAGCUACACUUCUCACAGCAGGGUUCCAGACUUUGGAGAAGAUCGAAGACAUGGCUGUGUCCCUUAUUCGAGAGGAGUGGCUUCUUGAUCCAUCACAGAAAGAUCUGAGUAGAGAUAAAAAGCCAGAGAAUUACAGAAACAUGUUCUCCCUGGGUGGUGAGAACAGGAAUGAGAACAGGGAAUUAGCUUCGAAACAGGUAAUAUCUACUGGAAUCCAACUACACGGAGAGACAGCUGCCAAAUGCAACGGGGAUGUUAUCGGGGGUCUUGAGCAUGGAGAAGCCCGAGAUCUUCUGGGCAGAUUAGAAAGGCAGCGGGGAAAUCCCACACAAGAGAGACGACAUAAAUGUGAUGAAUGUGGGAAAAGCUUUGCUCAGAGUUCAGGCCUUGUUCGCCACUGGAGAAUCCACACUGGGGAGAAACCCUAUCAGUGUAAUGUGUGUGGUAAAGCCUUCAGUUACAGGUCAGCCCUUCUUUCCCAUCAGGAUAUCCACAACAAAGUAAAGCGCUAUCAUUGUAAGGAAUGUGGUAAAGCCUUCAGUCAGAACACAGGCCUGAUCUUGCACCAGAGAAUCCACACUGGGGAGAAGCCAUAUCAGUGCAAUCAGUGUGGGAAGGCUUUCAGUCAGAGUGCGGGCCUUAUUCUACACCAGAGAAUCCACAGUGGGGAGAGACCUUAUGAAUGUAAUGAGUGUGGGAAAGCUUUCAGUCAUAGCUCACAUCUCAUUGGACAUCAGAGAAUCCACACUGGGGAGAAGCCCUAUGAGUGUGAUGAGUGUGGGAAAACCUUCAGGCGAAGCUCACAUCUUAUUGGCCAUCAGAGAAGUCACACUGGGGAGAAACCCUACAAAUGCAAUGAGUGUGGAAGGGCUUUUAGUCAGAAGUCAGGCCUUAUUGAACAUCAGAGAAUCCACACUGGAGAAAGACCUUAUAAAUGUAAAGAAUGUGGGAAAGCUUUCAAUGGGAACACUGGUCUCAUUCAACAUCUGAGAAUCCAUACAGGGGAGAAACCCUAUCAAUGUAAUGAAUGUGGGAAAGCCUUUAUUCAGAGGUCAAGUCUCAUUCGACAUCAGAGAAUUCAUAGUGGUGAAAAAUCUGAAUCUAUAGGAGUUUAUGAAAAGUUUCAGUCAUAGUCUGAGCUUUAUUCAGCAUUAGAGAAACUAUGCUCUGGUAAUAGAUCUUUACUAAAAAGGCAGAAAGUUUGUCCUCACUGCAACCUUAUUGUCGGAAUCUCCAGUAGUGGCAGUUAGAAUAGCUUUUUAGUAGUUUGGACCCUGUGCCUUGCUGCUAGUUGAUUAGCUUGACUGUCUUUGGGGUAUCUGGUAGAGAGGAGCUCCUGAUAGCUUAAUGUAUCCUUUAGAAAUUUAAAAUAGCAUUAGAGCAAGUUGCUUGUCAUGACUUGAGGCACUUAAGUUUGUCUUUUGGGUGAGUAGCUAUAGGUUUGAGAGGCUGCUACUCGUAGGUCCUUCUCUUCUUCCCAUCUCCUAUGAUUCCCCUUCUCCCAUUUAUUCCCCUGCAGGUGCCCUUGUACUCCUAAUCUGAUCUAAGAAGCUGCUUUAGAAUCCAAAGUAGCCUCUACGUGAAACUUAACAUUUGUAUUUAGCUUUCUAAGAUCCUAGUUCUAGGAAAAUUUUUAUAGACAUUUAUGCUUAAGUGUGCAUUUUAUUAUUCUAAUGUUCCUUCUAGUUGGUGGAAAUCCAUAUUCCCAUGCAAACUCAGAAUGCUAUAUUUUUAACAGCACUCAAGUAUUUUACUUCGUAUGUCUCCUUUACUGACUCCAUCAGUCAUUGAGCAUCCAUACUUCACCACCCCAGUCCCAGUACCUGUAACAGCAAAGGAAGUGGACACAUUAGUGAUGGUUGUGGGAAUGAUGCAGAAAAAGAGAUGAGGGGAGACUCAGCCCAGUUUUUUUUAAGCUUGGAUAAUUGUACCUUUUGGUGAUUUCUGACUCUCCCUCCACCUCCCUAUCAGAUACUAUGGUAGAAAUAGAUACUUGCAUUAUCCUAGUUAUGCCAUCAAAUGGAAGGAGGAGACAGGUGCUUGAAGACGUAAAAAUCUUCUAAUGUAUUUUAAUUGCUUUAGGCCCAUUAUAGUACUGCUGUCUCAGGUUCCUAUGAGCCUACACAAGCUCCCUGACUUGUGGGAGUCACUCUUGUCAUUACCUUGGACCCACGUCCUCAGAUAGCCUUAGCACCUCACUCAUUAUUUUUUCAUCUAGUUCUUGCUGUCAACUUAUAUCACUUUAAUAUCCACAGUGGUAAGCUGUCUUAAUACCUUACCUCACAAUUCCUCAUUUUUGUGAAUUCUGGUGCACUCUAUUUGUAAUCCACGAAUGUAAACUACCAACAAAGACAAACUAUUAAACUGAUCAUCACUAGGCACUAUGUUUCAUCUUUUAGACUUUCAGUAUACCAAGAAUACUAUGUAAAGUAAUGAGACUAGUUUAAACUAACAUGUCAGGAUUUAUGCAUCCAAGUGGGUUAUCUUUUAAAUGAGAUAGUACUUGUUAUUCCAAGAUACUAUUCUAGUAGUGCUACUGAUCCUCCAAAUAUUUGGAAUACUCUUAGAAUUGACAUUUAAUAAACCAUAAAGAAAACCCUAUAUUACUCUCAUUGACAUUUCAUUUUGACUAUGAUUAUUCACCAGACUUAAGAUUGAAUAACUUUUGACUGUGCAAAAUUAACCCUCAAACUCAAAAUUGAUUCUGUUAAGCCUGUUUUCUUCUGUUAUUCAGAAGAAAAUUGUAUAGAUUCUAAUGAAAACUCUAUUAUUUCACACUGUAAUUAUCCUGGAAAGGGAUAACACUUAAUCAUUUUAUGAUUGAUAGGUUAAAGAAAUCAAUCAUAAAAUAUUACCUCAUAGAGGUCCACCUUUUGGAUCAUAAAUUUUUUCCCUGUAAUAUCCCCUUUUUUACCUCCCUAUGGCCCACUUUGACCAACAGCAUCAAGCUUGUCUACAUCUAUUUCAUUCAGCCAUUGGCAAAUGAAGCCAUCAUCACUUGUCAUCUUGGUUUAUAACAGUCCUUUCCAUUGUCUUUUAUUUUCUUAUCCUCCCUUCUCCUUUUCUUUUUUUGACCUAUAAAUUACCAUUCCUAAUCCCCUUGUACUUGAAAUUUCAAGAAACCAGAAACAAGUAAAUCUGGUUGUAUCUAGGUCCUUGCUCUCUGUUUCAGUUGUGCCUUACCCCCUGCAAGAUACUGACCCUAUCUGGGGCCAGUGCUACCUUGUAUGCAGGUAUUACAUUGUCAGAGGUAAAAUACAUGUGUGUGCAUGUGUAUGUACACACACUCCUCCCAUAUGCUUUAGAGAAACACUUGCCUUCUAUUCCAGUGAAAUGCUCUUAUAGUAGAGCAAUAUAUUGAAAUGUCUGUAGAUAUAUAAGCUAAUGUCUUUUUAUGCAUCAGUAUCCAGAGUAACAUGUACCAGAUUACUUUAAUCUCAGAAUUACUAAACAUCUGGCAGAAAUUCAGAGAAAUGAAUAUGUAUAGAAAAAUUACUGUAAUCCUGAUGUGAAUGUGAAAAAAGACUAUUCCUCGAAAAAAUUAUCAAGGAUAAUUCAGCUAUCUAAAAAAAUAGCCAAAUGGUAGAAGAUAAUAGAAAAGGCUGCAAUUCUUUUGAGGACAUAAAAGUCCUUUCUGGUCUCAAGUUCUCACACCUGGCAUUAAAAUAUUAUUGAUCAGGGCGGCACCUGUGGCUCAGUCGGUGGGGCGCUGGCCCCAUAUACCGAGGGUGGUGGGUUCAAACCCGGCCCCGGCCAAACUGCAACCAAAAAUAAAAAAAUAACCAGGCGCUGUGGCAGGCGCCUGUAGUCCCAGCUACUCGGGAGGCUUAGGCAAGAGAAUCGCUUAAGCCCAGGAGUUGGAGGUUGCUGUGAGCUGUGUGAGGCCACGGCACUCUACCGAGGGCCAUAAAAAGUGAGACUCCAUCUCUACAAAAAAAAAAAAAAGAAAAUAUUAUUGAUCAGUCACUAUGACAUUAUUUUGAACUCUGAGCUGAAUGACUCACAUUAAAGCUCCUUUAUCCCAUAGGUAUCUGAAAUAACUAUUCAACUUUGUUCUCCUGUCCUCAACUUCUUGUUUUAGGACCUGGCACAAUAAGGCGGUUCUCCAUAACUCUUCUGCCAUACAACAUAGUCAUAGAAGAGGUAUCUUAGGUUUUAAAGAUUUUGUCCAUGGUACAAAGUGGCAGUACUGUGGUGGUUGGUUCCCAUACAGAGCAUUUAGCUUUACUCUUACUUGUAAAUCUCCAAAUAAUAGUUGACAUUUAUUGAUUACUUGUUGUGUGCCAAAUCCUAUGUUAAGCAUUUAUUGCUUCUCAUAGGUAUUAUUAUUUUAUCCCCCAUUUUAUAGAUGAGAAAACUAAGGCUUACAGAGUUGAAUGGGUUGAUCAAUAUCACACAACUAAUUGAUGGAACAGAUCUAAACUUACACAGUCUGAUUCUAGAGCCUAUACUCCUGAGUAUAACAGUGUGCCGUACUAUCUAUGAUAAAACACCCUAACUCAGCUAUUUAAAAAUAUAUAUGCCUGCUCAUGAGAGGUACUGGGAAAGAGAACGUGCAAUAUAGUGCAAAUCCAUUACAAUUACUUAAAAAUUGGUUGAAAAUGCCAUUGGAGUUAUAUCAUUUUUAAAUGUUGAUGCUUUGUAGUAUUAGAAAGCUGUAGUAUUAUUAGUAUUAUUAAAGAAACAUAUUUUUAUUUUUAUACAAAUAAAAAUAUGUUUAAAACAGUAACUAGGAGGAUAUGGCAAUAAUAACUUACAGAUUCAAAUACAUUUUUCUCUAAACUGCUUAAGGGAAAGUAAAAUUGUGGAGAGAAAUUAAAUACCCAGGUACCAGGCAAGGCAGAUGGGCAGUUAGAAUGACAGUAGUAAGUUUAUCUACAGCAUAAAAUGUGAAAAACUUUAUCUCAUUGCCCAUUUCUAAAUAUCAUUCUGUUUCUCCUCUGUCAUUUUUGGUUUAUCAAACAUGUCAUCCAUUUUUCAACCCCAUUUUCUCAUUAAUCUCUUCUAAAAAUUUCUCUUUAACUGGCUUUCAUAUUCAGCAUUCCAGUGAAAUGUCCUUAGAAGCACUUUUUUUAGUCUUAUCUUUCUUGAUCUUAUUUAUAUUUCAUAUUGUUAAAUUCCCUGUGCACUUCAGGAAUUCUUUUCUCCUUAGGCUUAUGGGAUCUUUUUUGGUCACUUCUCCACAAUAUCUGGCUUUUCUUUAUUGGUCUUUUUUCCUCCUCCUUUCCACUGAGAAUAAUUUCCAUGUUUUAUUUUUAUUCACUACUUUUUCUGUACUUUUAUUUAUCCAUUUUGAUUGUUUAUGCUAUUUUCUGUAUUUGAAUGACUUCACGUUUCCCACCCUGUGGGUCAUGUGGGACUUGUGGAAUUUUCCAUAGGUACUUACACAACUUGGUAUCUUCUUCUGCCCUCUCUCUCCAUGUCCAAAAUUUGCUGUCAAUCCAGUUAUUACUGAAUCUUCUCCUUCAGGUGGGGUCUCCCAGUUUUACCCUUCCGUUAUAGCUUUUCACGUAGAUCUGCAUCAUAUAAAGCGCAAGUUACUAUAAUUCUUUUUUCCAAUUUUCUUGCUCUCAGGAUCCCCAUCUUAUAUAAAUUUUUCAAGGUGCUCCUCCUCAAACUCCAUUUUCACAAUGCCUCAUUUUCACUCAAUGUAAUGUAUAAUAUGACAGCAAAUAAUUACUGUCAGAGCAGUGGUGUUCCAAGUUCUCCAUUACCUUGUCCUCCAUGCUUCUAUGCUUAACACAUUGACUGCCACACUAGAAAAAAUUGUUUUUCCUUGGGGCCACAGUGUUUUAUUACAAAAAUAGAAGAAAAACUUUGAAAACAAAAUCAUCCUUUCUAAUUUAAUGAAAAAUGGUUAUUUUUUGUUUUCUGUGCGUGAGUUAUAUGUAACUCAUGUGGCACUUGGGGCCACAGUGUUUUAUUACAAAAAUAGAAGAAAAACUUUGAAAACAAAAUCAUCCUUUCUAAUGUAAUGAAAAAUGGUUAUUUUUUAUUUUCUGUGCAUGAGUUAUAUGUAACUCAUGUGGCACUAGAUUUUACACUGCAUGCCAUGUGGAGUUGUGACUCAUGUCAUGCUUGUUGAAUUUGUUUCUGAGAAUUGAGUCUUUUGUCAUUCCACCAGUAUUUAGUUGUUUAUAGAGUGGACCUUAGGUGGUCCUAGAUGACGACAUCUGAGUAAUACCCCCUAAGUACGUACAACAAUAUCAUGUCACUGCAUACUGUCAUAUUGAUUUCAUUCAAAGAGCCAUCAGGAAAACAUUGAAGGCGAAAUGUGCAAUCAGAAGUUAUGGCAAUUGGAGAACACAGUCCAGCACUUGUUGGGCGGGCCAGCAGGAACAGGGCAACAUGAGGUGGGGGAGACUUGCGGAUUGACAGCGAAAACAAUGAGCAGAGGUUUCACAGAGCCCAGGCAUGCUAUGGACCUUCCUGCCUAUCCACCAGUUCUACUUUAGUAUAGCUUCUGUUACCAGAGCUGUAAUCAUCACAUAAGUUUAUUUUGCGUUUUUCGUUCUCAGGAGAAAAUGUCUAGAGAAAAUGAGCAUAAGGAAUUGUUGGAGGAAAUGGUGAACGAAGUUUUGGACAUGAGUGAUGAAGAUGUUGAUCUAUUUAGUGAUGAUUCAGAGGAGAAUCGUCCUAGUGGAGAUAGUGGGGACAGUUC